GAUAGCGCUGCAUCCACAAUCUUUAGCACUCAUUUACGGUUCUCAAUUACAGUAUAUAAUAACAUUUAAAGUUUUCAGUCACUAUUAGAUUAAUAAUAACAAAGUAUGAAUUAAGAAAUACUGUAUUUAUAUUAUUGCAAUCAUUGUCAUUUUAUAUAAUAACAUUUAACUCUGCACAAAUACAUAUAUCACGUUAUACAACAUGAAUAGUAUUCGACACUCUUUACAACGACUGUCAUUAAAUAAUAAGCCCUUUUUGAAUGAACUCAUUGGAACAUUACGGAGGUCUAUAGUAUCAUCGGCUAAACUUUACUCAAAUAAUGAAGUGUUUGAUGAAGAAGAUUAUCAAAAUGAAGAUGAAAAAAAGUAUAGUUGGUUAGACUAUAAUAACAACUUUUUUCCGAUCCAAUCACCAGAUGAAGAAAGAAGACCGGCAUACGUAUGCCAUAUGAAGGCAAAUAUAAAAUACAGUCCAAAAAAAAUGUGGUACAUCGCUAGUUUUGUCAGAGGAAUGACCGUAGAUGAAGCUGUUAAACAGUUAAGUUUUAUGCAUAAGAAAGGUGCAACUAUCGUUAAAGAUACUAUUUUAGAAGCGCAAGAGUUAGCCGUACUUAAACAUAAUGUUGAAUUUAAAAGUAAUUUAUGGGUUGCUGAAUCUUUUUCUAGUAAAGGUACUGUCGUUAAGGGAGUAAGACGUCAUGCUCGAGCUCGAAUCGGAGAAAUAAGGUACAUGUAUGUUCAUUACUUUGUACGCUUAGAGGAAGGAAAGCCACCUAAAAAUUAUUAUUUACCUGCUCCUCAAACUGGCGAACAACAAAUAGAGAAGUGGUUGAAAGAAAUGCGAAUGCGCAAAAUAUAUAAUUCUUUGUAAUUAUAUUCUUUAUUUGUAUAAAUAAAUUAAAAUAUUAUAUGAUCUAGUAUGUGAACCACUAAAUAAUCUAGGCCAAAGAUAUUACUUAUAAUAUUUAUUAAAAUAAGUAAAAAAUGAUUCAAUACAUAUCAUGAAAUUACA